UUUAGAAAACUAAAUUUUCAAUUGAUAGGGAAUUAAAUUUUAGUUUGACGUUUCCUGGUUCCUUUUGAGGUGUAUUUUAUUAGAAGGAAACAUGGGGAAAGUAAAGUGUUCAGAAUUGAGGACCAAAGACAAGAAGGAGCUGACCAAGCAGCUCGAGGAACUCAAAACAGAACUUACGAGUCUCAGAGUAGCAAAAGUAACUGGAGGAGCCCCUUCAAAACUUUCAAAAAUCCGUGUGGUGCGUAAGGCAAUUGCUCGUGUGUACAUUGUUAUGCACCAGAAACAGAAGGAGAAUUUGCGCAAGUUGUAUAAAAAUAAGAAAUAUAAGCCUUUGGACUUGAGGCCCAAGAAAACCCGUUCAAUCAGACGUGCACUUUCUAAACACGAACAGCGCAUCAAAACUCCCAAGGAGAUCAGAAAACGUUCUGCAUUCCCACCAAGGACGUUUGCCCUUAAAGCAUAAUCUUUAUGUUAAAUUAAAUACUUUGUAGCAAAAA